AUGACACCCAGCAGAACCCUGUACCAGAUAGAGGAAUCAGUAUGUGACCAUGUCCAAGAAGAUGACACAGGACCCAAUCCAGGAAACAAGAAGCCAAGUCCCGCCUCCCCUCCCCCGAACACCCCCUGCCGCCCCGCAUUCCUGCCCCCGCCCGGCCGCGCACCUCCCGCACCCCGCCGCCCCCUCCGGCUCGGCGCGCAGCCCGAGGGCCGCCUGCUCCCAUUUCAAAACACGAUAAUAAUAGGGACGCCGGGAAUAACCACUACGGCCGGCGCGGCGGGCGCCCCUCCCGCGGGUCAGAGGUCGGCGCCCCGCGCCCGCCCGCGCACCGCGGCCUCCGCGGGGACCCGGGACCCCCAGGCCCGCCCCGGAGCCCACCCCGGCCACUACGGGGUCCUCGGGACCCCCAGGCCCGCCCCAGGAGCCCACCCUGGCCACUACGGGGUCCUCAGGACCCCCAGACUUGCCCCGGAGCCCAACCUGGCCCUUACGAGGUCCUCGGGACCCCCCAGGCCGCCCCAGGAGCCUACCCUGGCCACUACGGGGUCCUCGAGGCCCCAGGCCCGACCCAGAGCCCACCCUGGCCACUACGGGGUCCUCGGGACCCCCAGGCCCGCCCCAGGAGCCCACCCUGGCCACUACGGGGUCCUCAGGACCCCCAGGCUUGCCCCGGAGCCCACCCUGGCCCUUACGAGGUCCUCAGGACCCCCCAGGCCGUCCCAGGAGCCCACCCUGGCCACUACGGGGUCCUCGAGGCCCCAGGCCCGACCCGGAGCCCACCCUGGCCCUUACGAGGUCCUGGGGACCCCCCCCCAGGCCGCCCCAGGAGCCCACCCUGACCACUACGGGGUCCUCGAGACCCCAGACCCGCCCCAGGAGCACACCCUGACCACUACGGGGUCCUCGAGACCCCAGUCCGCCCCAGGAGCCCACCCUGACCACUACGGGGUCCUCGAGACCCCAGGUCCACCCCGGAGCCUACCCUGGACACUACGGGGUCCUCCGGACCCCCAGGCCAGCCCCGAAGCCCACCCUGGUCCAUACGAGGUCCUCGGGACCCCAGGCCCGCCCUGGCCCUCACGGCGACCCCGGGACCCUCAGACCCGCCCCAGAGCCCACGCUUGCCCUCACGAGGUCCUCGGAGCCCACCGUGGCCCUCACACAACGGCCAGACCCAGGACCCCCAGGGCGCCCGAGGCCCACUCGGCCCUGCGGCGGCCCGAGGCCCGCCGGCGCUAUCCGCCGGAGGCGGAGGCCUGCAGGCCGCAAGGCCGCGGGAACGCCCGGCGUCCGCCCGACCACCGCCCCCAGACCCGCGGCGCCUCUCACCCGGCUCCGAAGGCGGCGCGGCUCGGCGGCGGCUCGGCGGCGGGGCGCGGGCGCGGCCCAUGCAGCCCGCGGCCGCGAUUCCCGGGCCGCGCGGCCCGGGCGGGAAGGCAGCGGCGGCACGGGAUCCGGCUGCGGCUAGUGCGGGGCGGCCAGUGGCGAGCGCGCCCUGGGCGCGCCCAGGCUCGCGCGGGGCCGCGGCGCUCGCGCGGGCGCUACUGCGGGGGCGUCUGGCCGCGGGCUCGGCGGCGGCGCCUCCCCGGCUGGGGCCCUCGGUCCAUCGCGCUCGGUCGCGGGCGGCCUCUGGCUCCAGGACCCAGCGGCGGCUGCGGCGGGCGCCGGCCGCAUGAGACGCUCCCGCCCAUUGGCCCGCCGUAUCCGCCACCGCCAUUGGCCCGCCCUGCCGGGCGGCAGGGGCUGUGCACGUCACGGCGUCGGGGCGGAAGUGCGCUAUUGGGGUGA